CCAAGCCGAGCGUUUUGCACCUGUAACGUAAGGCGUCUUCGCUGAUUGGCCUCGAGAAACCGUCGCCCUGCAGAUCGGCGCUCAAGAUGAUUGGAGGCGCAGCCCACGGCCUCUUUCUAUGACGUUUCUCAAUCGGCUCGGCAUCACUGGCAACAAUUGAUUGAGUUAAGAAUACCCCUCCCCCGCGUUUAGGAAAACGAGUUCAUUUGUAUCGAAGCUUUACAAAAUUCAAUAUGUAGCGAAACCGUCGCCAUACUGGGAGUGGUGCUGAAGCUUGCCCUCGAAAGUAGAACUAACUAAAAAUACAGUUUGAAAUGGGGGCCGUUGGCUGAGGAUGUGCCGGAUUUACAUUCCCUCUCAAAGCCAUGGAGGGAGAUUCCUGGGACUUUGCAUCAAAGAUGGAGGAGAUCAUAUCACUUGUGAAACAAAUGCAGAAUGCAGGAAAUCUGGAUUCAAGAAUUGAAAAUCUAGUAACAAGGAUUAAUGAAUUGCAGCAAGCCAAGAACAUAAUGAAUGAGGAGCUCUGUGAGGCAAAUGAACAUAAUGCAGAACUUCAGAAGGAGCUGGAAAAAUUGAAUGAAGAGGAGUUGAGGCUUGAGGAAAUAUUGAACAAGAAGAAAGCAAUUCGACAGAAUAUGGAAAGGCACUCUGAAGAGAGAGAAGCAGAGAUGAAGAGACAACAGGAAAUGAACCUGGAAAGUAAAGAGAGAAUUGACGAUCUAGAGGCCAAGAUUCAGGAGGAGAAACUGAAGCAAAGGAAGCAGAGAAUGCAAUUUGAGCAGCGACUUGAAGAGUUAAUGGAGAAGCACAAGAGCCUCUGGGAGUGUCAUGUUAGAAAGAAGCCAGUGACUGAAGAAGACAAAGAGCUUUUGCUUGCUGAAGAAAAACAGAUCCAAGAGAAAGUAGCUUAUCUUCAGGAUGAAUUAGAUUUGCUGAAGUGCUCUCCCUUCAGUGAAGAGAUAAAAUUUCUCAAGAGUCCUGAGGCAGCUUGUUCCAUGGAACUGUUUCAAGAGGAAAAUAAGAAAGCAAAAGAGUAUUUGGAAGCAAGCUCCAAGAAGAAUUCUGACUUGCAGGAGAGAUGUAGGAGACUAAAAGCAGAGUUGGAAAACUUAGGGGUGCAGGUUGGAGGCCCCAAGGACGACUAAUUGGUUUCUGGGCACCAUAGAGUAGGUUAAUGGGAUCAGGAGGCAGACUGGACAUUCACUGAAUGCUGGCCCAAGUAUAGGACAUCUAUAAUAUUGGCUGAUAAGAGAAAACAUUGUUUUUGACGUUCAGAUAAAUCUUCAUCUGUGGGGAAUACUGGGCUUCUUGCUCCAUUUUCAGCUUUGACCAUUGUUAUUGAGAGGAAUUUAUUAAUCUGUUAAUAAAGAAGUUCUACUGACUCUCUCAAAAAAAAGAAAAGAAAGUAAAACUAACAAGAAUUCGGGUUUCUCUUCUGUUUGGUUACAAAGUCCAAUGGCCCUGGUCCUGGUUGUUAGCCUGCUGUGCAAGGCUUCUGGGACAUUAAGGACUACACAAUUUAUUGCAGCUUAAGUUUCUGUAGACUGAAGUGCUCUUUGUUACAUGCUUUUGGUAAAAUCUCAGAUAGCAUAUCCAUACCUGAACAAACCUUGCCACAUGAAUGUCAUGUAAAAUAAAGUCCACCUUAAGAUUAACAAAAUUUAUUUCAAUAUGAGUUUCCACAAGUCACAGCUCAUUCUUCAGACAUGUGAAGGGAAAAUUGUACUGGGAAAUAUGAGGAAGGCUGGUGGAAAGGAGCCAAGGCUUGGUGUGAAUUACACCAUAAAUCUUCCAGGUGUAAAUGCUUGGUGUAAGGGAAAAAGAAGGAGCUGAUGUAUCUGAGAAAGUGUGGUGUUACUGAUAAAUGUUAGUGUUAUGAUGCCAUUGGACUUUUAUUCUGUUAGUGCACAUCUAUCUCUUUGCAAUUAAAUCCUAGGAACUGCAAAAGGUGUAGUCAGUGACUUGGCUACACAAAACUGAAACGUAUAAGAUUAUGCUGCUUGCGUUUAAUGGGUUUUUAAGCUCCAUCUAGAUUUUUCGAUAUUUUCUAAAUGUAUAUACAUUCAAAAUUAAAAUAAAGAAAUCAAACAAUCACCACCAACAUGUUUAUAACCACAUUUCCACUUCAUA